CAGCGCAGCCCGCGGCCCCCGCGCGGAGCCAGGCCCGCUGCCGUCCCCGCCGCCCGGUUCCCCGACAUGCAGCCCCGGCUGCGGAGGUGACACAUCUGGGCUUCAGCCGCCGCCGCCGCCGCCGCCGCCAUCGCCACCAUGGAUGAACAGGAGGCAUUGGACUCCAUCAUGAAGGAUCUGGUGGCUCUCCAGAUGAGCCGACGUCCCCGGGUAUCUGGCUAUGAGACCAUGAAGAACAAGGACACAGGUCACUCAAAUAGGCAGAGUGACGUCAGAAUCAAGUUUGAGUACAAUGGGGAGAGGCGAAUCAUAGCAUUCAGCCGGCCUGUGAGAUAUGAAGAUGUGGAGCACAAGGUGACAACAGUAUUUGGGCAGCCUCUUGAUUUACAUUAUAUGAAUAAUGAGCUCUCCAUCCUGUUGAAAAACCAAGAUGAUCUUGAUAAAGCUAUUGACAUUUUGGAUAGAAGUUCAACCAUGAAAAGCCUUAGGAUAUUGCUGUUAUCCCAGGACAGAAACCAUACCAGUUCCUCUCCCCACUCUGGGGUGUCCAGGCAGGUGCGGAUCAAGGCUUCCCAGUCCGCAGGGGAUAUAAAUACCAUCUACCAAGCCUCUGAACCCAGAAGCAGGCACCUCUCUGUCAGCUCCCAGAACCCUGGCCGAAGUUCUCCUCCCCCUGGUUAUGUACCUGAGCGGCAACAGCACAUUGCCCGGCAGGGAUCCUAUACCAGCAUCAACAGUGAGGGGGAGUUCAUCCCAGAGACCAGUGAGCAGUGUAUGCUGGAUCCCCUGAGCAGUGCUGAAAAUUCUUUGUCAGGAAGCUGUCAAUCCUUGGACAGGUCAGCAGACAGCCCGUCUUUCCGGAAAUCGCAUAUGUCCCGAGCCCAAAGCUUUCCAGACAAUAGACAAGAAUACUCAGAUCGGGAGACCCAGCUCUAUGAAAAAGGGGUCAAAGGCGGAACCUAUCCCCGGCGCUACCACGUGUCUGUGCAUCACAAAGACUAUAAUGAUGGCAGAAGAACAUUUCCUCGAAUACGGCGACAUCAAGGCAACUUAUUCACUCUGGUGCCCUCUAGCCGCUCCUUGAGCACAAAUGGCGAGAACAUGGGCCUAGCUGGGCAAUACCUGGACCCUCGGCGCCUACGGAGUGCAGACAGCGAGAAUGCCCUCUCUGUGCAGGAGAGGAAUGUGCCAACCAAGUCUCCCAGUGCUCCCAUCAAUUGGCGCCGGGGGAAGCUCCUGGGUCAGGGUGCCUUUGGCAGGGUCUACUUGUGCUAUGACGUGGAUACGGGACGUGAACUUGCUUCCAAGCAGGUUCAGUUUGACCCGGAUAGUCCUGAGACCAGCAAGGAGGUGAGUGCUCUGGAGUGUGAGAUACAGUUGCUGAAGAACUUGCAACAUGAGCGCAUUGUACAGUACUACGGUUGUCUACGGGACCGUGCUGAGAAGAUCCUGACCAUCUUCAUGGAGUAUAUGCCAGGGGGAUCUGUCAAAGACCAACUGAAGGCCUAUGGAGCUCUGACAGAGAGUGUGACCCGCAAGUAUACCCGGCAGAUCCUGGAGGGCAUGUCAUACCUGCAUAGCAACAUGAUUGUGCAUCGGGACAUCAAGGGAGCCAAUAUCCUCCGAGACUCAGCUGGGAAUGUGAAGCUUGGGGAUUUUGGGGCCAGCAAACGCCUACAGACCAUCUGCAUGUCGGGGACAGGCAUGCGCUCUGUCACUGGCACACCCUACUGGAUGAGCCCUGAAGUCAUCAGCGGUGAGGGCUACGGAAGGAAGGCAGAUGUAUGGAGCCUGGGAUGCACUGUGGUGGAGAUGCUGACAGAGAAACCACCAUGGGCAGAAUAUGAAGCUAUGGCUGCCAUUUUCAAGAUUGCUACCCAGCCCACCAAUCCUCAGCUGCCUUCUCACAUCUCUGAACAUGGCAGGGACUUCCUGAGGCGUAUUUUUGUGGAGGCUCGUCAGAGGCCUUCAGCUGAGGAGCUGCUCACACACCACUUUGCACAGCUCGUGUACUGAGCUCUCAAGGCCACCUGCUGAGCAGGCAAGGAGCUGUUGUCUGGCUCAGUGAAGUUGCUGCUGCUUCCAGGCAAGGCUGUGGACAGGGGAGUUGCAGUCCAGCCAGUGUUUGUGCCCUUUCUGCCACUGGGGCUCAAAACCAGGAUGGAAUGGCUGUAGCCUCAAGACUGGGAGCCCCCAGCCUGUCAGACCCAAGAGUUGCAGCAUCUAAAGCUCAGUGUGGAGGGAAAGGGGUUGAGAACAGUAUACAAGGCAGCCGUGGGCCUUGCCCUCAGAUGUGCCCUAAUACUGCAGUCAGCACUGAAGCCCAGAGGGACGGGGGCACAGGACUGACUCAAGGGGAUGAAUAGUGUUAUUUGAUUCAGAGUGUUAUUUUGUUUUUCCUCUCAGUGUCUGGAGACCACCAUGGUGUCUCUGGGCUGGUUGAGCCCACUCAAGCCUGAGGUAAAGCCCAGUAUCCUCCAACCAACAGAAGGUAGAGGCCUUGGCUCUCCUCAUCUAGAAGCCCCCAGGUGUGCUUUCCAGUCCUUAUCCUUUACCAAAGAUGAAUGAAGCAAAUGUCAUGCUGCCUUAUUCUGGGAAGGAGCCUCUCUCCACCCCCCAACAGGGGCCUGAUAUACAGAACUGCCUCCACUGAGGGGAAGACCCAGUGUUGUCAAUGCAAUUAUCUGUUUUACAAGUUGGAGUCACUCUUAUACUGUUCCCAGUUUCUAAACUGGAGACUGCCCUCUGGGCUCUGAGGACCCAUGUGGGCUUGAGCAUUGGGCUGGAAUGGAAAGAGCUGAUGGGAUGGCCUCUGCUUCUGGCCUAGCAUCUGUACCCCCACUGGAGCAGAGAGGAAGAUGGGCAACAUAAUAAGGGUACCUGGCUCUGGCCCCAUUUGGGCAGUUCAGGAGAGCCCAAGACAUUGUCUCAGGCUGUCUUGAGUUGAAAUCCUGUUAGGCCUGAGCCCACUCCCGUCUGGUAGAGAGUAGUCAUGUGCUGCCACCAUCCAUGUCCAAAAACACCAGCUCUGUUCUUUAGCCUGUCUUGCCCAGUUCUGUGUUCUCAGCCUCAUUCCCCUCUUGCUCCUCCCCUGGGGGAGGAUGCCAACAGGUUGGGGAAACAGUAUCUCCAAGCAGCUUAAGAGUUGGCUGUAUUUACCUCAGCCUGGGCGCUGGUCCUUUCUUCCGGCCCCUCCCCUCCCCUUCAAAAUGUGCCUAUUGCUAGAGCUCCUCCCUUCCAACUCCCAGUUUCCUUGGGAGUUGCCAUUAAAGGAAA